AAACCCUAUCUCAUGGCUUUGGCGCCAAAUCUCUCUCUCACUCUUGAUCUCUGCAACUCUGCAAUGGCGGCCUGCAAAACCCUAGUCCGAACAUCGUUCUCCUCCAUAGCUUCCACUCUCCGAAGAUCGUCCUCCAUCUCUGUACUACCCAAUUCACCCACUCUCUGCUUCUUCUCAACUCCCCUUUCCUCUAACAACAACCGUCAAGGUUUAAGAUUAGUGAACCAGCACAGAUCUCCUUCGAGAAAUUACGCCUCUAUUUCAGUCGAAUCGGUCGAUUCAAACGACGGCGACGAGGCUGAAUUCGAAACUUUAACACAAGAGGACACCGUGGAGCAUUUGCUCACUCAUAAAGACGAUGUCGUACAGCUAAUGAAGAUGGAACGACGGCGUAUUGAUUUCGAACAACAACCGUCCAGUGGUGGCGGUGGUGGGUGGUUUCCGUACUUGGAUCGAUUCAAGUGCGGGAACUCGUCGUACCUUAGCAGCGGUGAAGUACUGGAAGCAUUGGGACCACACAUAAUGGAUUCGAGGAAGGAGAGGUUUAGGAAUGUGGUGAGGAAUCGGAGCUACUCGGUUUGUCUUGUGGUGGAAGGUCUCACUGAUUUUGGAAACGUUUCGGCUGCGUUUAGAUCCGCCGAUGCUCUCGGGUUUCAGUCCGUUCAUGUCGUCGCCUGCGAUAGCUCCAAAAGGUACAGAGAAAAUCGCCAUGUUAGCAUGGGAGCAGAGAAAUGGUUGGAUAUUGAAUUAUGGGAUACCAUUGAAGAGUGUUUUGAGGCUCUCAAAUUGCGUGGUUAUCGAAUUGCCACUACUCAUGUUGGAAUGGAUGCGGUUUCUGUUUAUGAUAUGAAUUGGUCUUCUCCAACUGCAAUAGUAGUCGGCAAUGAAAGCAAGGGAAUAAGUGAUGAGGCCCUGGCGUUAUCAGAUUUGCACUGUAGCAUUCCAAUGAAUGGGAUGGUUGACUCAUUCAAUGUCUCAGUUGCUGCAGGCAUCCUUAUGCACCAUGCUGUUUGUGACAGAACUUCUCGCCUGGGCUGUCACGGUGAUCUUACCCCGAAAGAAAGUCAAAUUCUACUUGCAGAAUUCUCUUUGCGUCAUAGCAGAAGUUCAAUUAACAUUGCUUAUGAGUAUGCAAAGAGGAAGCCACCUCUCCUUACCCCGAAGCUUUGAUCUCGAGUUUGAUACCUAAAAGUAAGUGACUACAAUAGAGACAACGAACUGUAUCAACUCGACAAGAGAAGUUUGGCUUUCAUUUCAUCGCAAAUGCUAUGUUGGUGUACCAUAGAAAGCCAAGUUCAGCAUGUGGAAUCAGAAGCUUAAUAAUUAGGCACUUGUGCUGUUCUGUUUUGUAUUUUGUUAUUAGGUAAUUUAUUGUUGUGAAAAUGAGAUAGGGGUGAAAAGUGAUGCAGAACUCUGAGAAUUUAAUGAUGAAAGAGAUCAAUCCAUAGCUUUUAAAUUA